AUGUCAUCUAACCAACCUUUAUCUCAGCCACCGACUAUUAACUACGUGGCUGGUUUCCUACUCGUCGGGCUUGCUUGGGGAUUUACGACGCCCUUCAUUCGCCGUGCGGCCAAAGAUCAUAACCCACCGGCUCAUCCGACAUUAGCAAGGGACGACGUAAAAGCAAGCCGGGUCAAGAGUAAACUUUACGGGGCUUUUUUUGCCGUCCUUGACCUACUAAAGAACCCGAGAUAUGCUGUUCCACUAUUGAUCAACUUGACCGGGAGUGUUUGGUUCUUCCUCCUCAUCGGCCAAGCAGAAUUGAGUUUGACGGUCCCAAUCGUAAACACAUUGGCCUUCUUAUUCACAGUACUUGGCGAUUGGUGGGUUGACAGGAAGGUUAUAAGCAGAGAUACGUGGAUCGGAAUGAUCUUGUCUUUAUGUGGCAUUGCGUUAUGCGUCCGGAGUAAAACUAGCUGA